UCCUCCUGCUACAGACUGAGACGGAGCUGGCACCGAGCGGUGAAACGGGGGGAGCUGUGACACCACGGAGGAGAAAAAAAAAAAAAACGCGAUUACACCCCAAAUACCAGCGGGUUUUUGAUCGCAAUUGUGUCGGGUGUACCUGGGAAAAAGGCUCUCCCGGGUGGCCGUUUGGGUUGCGGGCUAAAUUUAGUAGCGGGCGGUCGAGGAUAGCAGGCUAUUUUUCAACAACCAACAACUCCCCAGAUGAACUCCGUCAGAGCCACCAACAGGAGACCCAGGCGAGUGUCGAGGCCGCGCCCGGUGCAGCCCGAACGGAACAACGGGGAUAGAGAUGAGGAGGCUCCUGCAGCAGCUGCAGCAGAAAUGGCUAUUGAGGAGUCCGGACCAGGUGCUCAGAACAGUCCCUACCAGCUUCGACGCAAGACCCUGCUUCCCAAGAGAACCGCCGCUGCCUCUGCCACCGCCUCCGCCUGCCCCAGCAAGGGCCCAAUGGAGGGAGCUUCCACUUCAUCGACAGAGUCCUUUGGCCAUCGAGCCAAGCGGGCACGAGUGUCCGGUAAGAGCCACGACCUGCCAGCAGCCCCAGCAGAGCAAUAUCUGCAGCAGAAGCUACCAGAUGAGGUCGUUUUGAAGAUUUUCUCCUACUUACUGGAACAGGACCUUUGUCAGGCAGCAUGCGUGUGCAAGAGAUUCAGCCAGCUAGCGAACGAUCCCAUCCUAUGGAAGCGCCUGUAUAUGGAGGUGUUUGAGUACACGCGUCCCAUGAUGCACCCUGAGCCGGGCAGGUUCUACCAGGUCAGUCCUGAGGAGCACGAACACCCAAACCCCUGGAAGGAGAGCUUCCAACAGCUGUACAAAGGUGCGCAUGUAAAACCAGGCUUCGCUGAGCAUUUCUACAGUAACCCCGGCAGAUACAAAGGCAGGGAGAAUAUGCUGUAUUACGACACCAUUGAGGAUGCGCUGGGAGGGGUGCAAGAAGCCCACUUUGACGGCCUCAUCUUUGUUCACUCUGGCAUCUAUACAGAUGAGUGGAUUUACAUAGAGUCCCCCAUCACCAUGAUCGGCGCAGCUCCUGGUAAAGUAGCAGACAAGGUGGUGAUAGAGAAUACUAGAGACUCGACGUUCGUCUUCAUGGAGGGCUCAGAAGACGCAUAUGUGGGAUACAUGACCAUCAAGUUUAAUCCUGAUGAUAAGUCGGCGCAGCACCACAACGCCCACCACUGUCUGGAGAUCACAGUCAACUGCAGUCCGAACAUCGACCACUGCAUCAUCCGCUCCACGUGCACAGUGGGUUCAGCUGUGUGUGUGAGUGGACAGGGAGCGUGUCCAACCAUCAAACACUGCAACAUCAGUGACUGUGAGAACGUAGGACUGUACAUCACAGACCACGCGCAGGGCAUUUAUGAAGACAAUGAAAUCAGUAACAAUGCGUUAGCGGGAAUAUGGGUCAAAAACCACGGUAACCCCAUCAUCAGACGGAACCACAUCCACCACGGACGAGAUGUGGGAGUGUUCACGUUUGAUCACGGCAUGGGUUACUUUGAGAACUGUAACAUCCAUAGAAAUCGCAUAGCGGGCUUUGAGGUGAAGGCGUACGCCAACCCCACGGUGGUGCGCUGCGAGAUCCACCACGGCCAGACGGGGGGCAUCUACGUCCACGAGAAGGGGCGGGGCCAGUUUAUAGAGAACAAAAUCUAUGCCAAUAACUUUGCUGGUGUGUGGAUCACGUCCAACAGUGACCCAACGAUACGGGGAAAUGCUAUAUUCAACGGUAACCAAGGAGGGGUGUACAUAUUUGGAGACGGGCGAGGUUUGAUAGAGAGUAACGACAUCUACGGUAACGCCUUGGCGGGAAUCCAGAUCCGAACCAACAGCUGCCCCAUUGUACGGCACAACAAGAUCCACGACGGACAGCACGGGGGCAUCUACGUGCAUGAGAAGGGCCAGGGAGUGAUCGAGGAGAAUGAGGUUUACAGCAACACGCUGGCUGGAGUCUGGGUGACCACGGGCAGCACUCCUGUCCUCCGCAAGAACCGCAUCCACAGCGGCAAACAGGUCGGUGUAUAUUUCUAUGACAAUGGCCACGGUGUGUUGGAAGACAACGACAUCUACAAUCACAUGUACUCCGGUGUACAAAUAAGGACGGGGAGCAACCCAAAGAUCAGGCGCAACAAGAUAUGGGGAGGCCAGAACGGAGGGAUUUUAGUCUACAACUCAGGUCUGGGGUUCAUCGAGGACAACGAGAUCUUUGACAACGCCAUGGCCGGUGUGUGGAUCAAGACGGACAGCAACCCCACUCUGAGGAGAAACAAGAUCCACGACGGCAGAGACGGAGGCAUCUGCAUCUUUAACGGAGGCAGAGGCCUGCUGGAGGAGAACGACAUCUUCAGGAACGCUCAGGCCGGUGUGCUGAUCAGCACCAACAGCCACCCGAUACUCCGCAAGAACCGCAUAUUUGACGGCUUCGCCGCAGGUAUCGAAAUCACCAACCACGCCACCGCGACGCUGGAGGGCAACCAGAUCUUCAACAAUCGUUUUGGGGGCUUGUUUCUGGCCUCAGGAGUCAACGUCACCAUGAAAGACAAUAAGAUUAUGAAUAAUCAGGAUGCCAUUGAGAAGGCAGUGAGCAGAGGACAGUGUCUCUACAAGAUCUCCAGCUACACCAGUUACCCCAUGCACGACUUCUACAGAUGUCACACCUGUAACACAACAGAUAGGAACGCCAUCUGCGUUAACUGCAUCAAAAAAUGCCACCAAGGGCACGAUGUAGAGUUUAUACGGCACGACCGGUUUUUCUGCGACUGCGGAGCAGGGACGUUGUCCAACCCGUGCACGCUGGCCGGAGAGCCCACGCACGACACAGACACUCUGUAUGACUCAGCGCCGCCCAUCGAGUCCAACACGCUGCAGCAUAACUGAAGGCGUUACACUCUCUCACAUAAGCAUACAGACACAUUACACCGCACACAGCCAUACACGCACAUAAACCCCCCCCCCACACACACACACACACACACGCGCACUUACACAUACACACACAUCCACUCGCAGCCAUAAGGACCCAGAGAGACUCUGUGAUUGCGGCGCUCUCAGACGGGAUCGAGGUGAAAAAGAGGCUGCAGAGGGAGCAGCUUCCUGCCGGCUGCACUCGGACGCGCUGCAGCGGCGGGCAGACUUCACUAGAGGGAGCAGUGGAGCUGAGGGGAGACUGACAGAACGGCCACAAGAGAUUCCUCACUGGAGUAUUUCUUACUGCAGUCUGAAAAGCAAAGAAGAAAGGGAAGGGAGAGGGGGUUUGAGCGGAGGGCUUGAAUGGCUCGUGGCCCCUUUUAGCAGAGAGCGAAGAUCUCCUCAGUUCCGGACCCUCUUCUUCUUCUUCUCAAGAACUGCUGUCUAAGAGACUUCCUGCUUCCUCGCAGCUGCCAUCCCGCAGCCAGGCAGUUGUAACUAGGCAACGGAUGUGUGGAUGUUGCUCUGUUGUGUGUGUGCCUGUGUGUGUGUGUGUGUGUGGAUAAAAAGCAAGAUUGUGUGUGUGUGUGUGUGUGUGUGUGUGAUGGAGCACUUGGGCUUUUUUUUAAAAAAAAGAAAAAAAAUGUUCUGAUCAAUGGAUUUUAUUUCAAUGCUUUCUCAUGUAGUUUUGUAUUUUCAAGCAAAAAGCUGACUGUAUUUGAAUGUCUUUUAUUUUAUUAUAUAUUAUUAUAAUUAUUAUUUUUCUUUGGUUAGCGUCCCCUCCUCCCCGACCGCCCACCUCCACCCAACCAACCAACCCCCACCCCACCCCCCGCCCAGCGACACCUCCCCCCCCCCUCGGCAAGCUGCAGAAACUCAAGCGUCCCAGUGGUGAAGUUCUUUCUGUGAAAGAGAAUCUCGUUUAAACACUACAAACCCUCUCCAGUAUCAUAGCUUAAAUGGCAGGUGGAGCGGCUCCGCCGGCGUGUAAAAAGGUGUGUGUGCGUGUAAAUGUGUGUCAUGUGCAGUGUAAGUUGUGCGUGCGUAUGUGCGUGUGUGUAUAUGUUUAUAAGUUGAUGCAGUCAGUGUUUUGUGGAGAGGGUUUCAAUAGGAGGCGUCAGAGCUCCUUCGAACUGGAACCGAAGAGUCAAGUUUGCAGUCCCCGUCCUCCGCCCGUCCUUCCCCCCGUCCUCCCCCGUCCUCCUUCACCCCCCCCCCCACCACCUCCCUCCCCGUCCCUGUGUAUCGUGGUGACUGUGGCUCCUCAUGCAGCCUGAAUCGUAUGCAUGUACCAUAACAUCUAGACUUAAUAUAUUGUGAAGUAUUCAAUAACCAUUAUGUAGAUGCUAGUUGGAAUUCAAAAAGGGGUAUACUUUCUUAGAAAGACAAAAAAAGAAAACAGGAAACUGGCCAUUUCUAAGAAAAUAAAACUUUAUUAGAUCA